CAGUGGCGGCUGGUGGAAAAUAAUUUUGGUGGGGCUUUUGAUAUAGUCUGCAGUCGUCACUUCGCUACGGAUCAACUAAUAGAGCCAAAAACCAUUGAUGGCCGUAGGAGGCUUGUGAAAGGUGCUGUCCCAACUCUGUUUGAGUGGAAUCACUUCAUUGCUCAAACACCGCGGGCUAGUGUUUGGGAGAGAAGGGAGCGGCCCACUGAACCAGUCUCUCGGGAGGAGCAGGAAGAGCACAUCGAUGUCCGUGACCAUGAUUACUGCUCAACCCCUGAACCAGCUUCACUGGACAUGUCCUCUCAAGCUACAGAAGACAACUCCAAAACAUUGGAGGAUCUGCAGAAGCAACUGCAGGAGUUAAGAGUCCAGCGAGAGUUUUGCUUACAGCGGUUUGCUGGCUCCGACGACAACAUCCGAUUCUAUACCAGAUUCCCGAGCUAUAACCACCUGAUGGCCUUCUGGUUUUUGAUUGAGCCUUCCAUUUAUAAAAUGGUUCGUGUUACAAGAGCGAUAUCAGCUGCCAAGAGGAAUGAAGAAGUGGUUACACACGCACGUCCAUCAACGAGACAGCUGCUUCAGCCAAUUGACGAGUUCUUCCUUUUUCUCUGCUUCCUGUCGGUGGGUUUGAAAGAGAGGGACCUUGCAAACCGCUUCAACGUACACCAGUCCACUGUGAGCCGCAUCAUUGCAACAUGGACGAGUUUUCUUACAACUUUAUUGGGGUCACAGUGCAUCUGGCUUACACCUGCAGAAGUUCAAGCCCACCUCCCAGAGGCAUUCAAAGAUUUCCCAGACACACAGGUGAUCCUGGAUUGCACAGAGCUGAGGUGUCAAACACCAUCCUCACUCCUCCAAAGUGAAAUGUAUUCUACAUACAAAUCUCACUGCACCAUGAAAGCCCUGGUUGGCAUAGCCCCACAUGGCGCAGUGACAUUUGUUUCCAGUCUGUGGUUCUGUCAGCGACAAGGAGAUUUUCAAACAAUCUGGAAUAGCUGCGUUGUUGACUGAAAACAUGGCAGUGAUGGUAGAUAAGGGCUUCCUGAUCAGCGAUUGCUGCAAAUGCAAAGUGUACUGCCCACCUUUUCUGUCAAAGCAGAAGCAAAUGCCAGCCUAUCAGGUGAGGGAGACACAGGCCAUUGCCAGACUGAGGGUUCAUGUGGAGCGUGUCAUUAGGAGGAUAAAAGAGAACAAACUUUUUGAUGGUGUCAUCCUCCUGUCCCAUGCCUACAACAUCAACCAACUGUUUGCAGUAGCAUGUAUGCUGUCAAACUAUCAGAACAAAGCACUGGUCAAGAAAUGGGUGAAAUAAGACAAGAUGAUGACACCUGUGCAGGUAGCUGUGAUUAAGCUGGGUGAGCACACCGUAAUCCCGUGUUGCCUGACACACGCUAGUGUUUUGUUUGAAUAAAUGGUAAAUAGCAAA